AUGGAGUUAGUUUACACUAUAGGCGACUUGCUGGUCUCCUACUGGAAAGACAUUCUGAAGAUAAUUGUCGAAACGUUUGUUAUUUACUUGGUGGUCAAGUUCAGGUACCGCUCAAGGAAGGAUAUCAUUAUCUUCCCGCAAAACGUAAUUGAUAAGCUAGUGGAGGAGUUUGACCCUGAUGACCUGGUGAAGAAUGUCCCCAGCGAUGUGAUGCUGCCUUCCAUCUACAGGGAAGGGAUGUUAGACUUGGCAAACUUCGAUGUAUUCGAGCUGUCGAUGGAGAAUAAAGACGAGGUAAUAGAGGUCAUAAGAAAGUAUGGGGUUGGAACCUGCGGGCCUCGGGGAUUCUAUGGGACUCUAGACAUCCACCUAGAUCUCGAGGAAACAAUCAGUAAGGAGCUUGAUGUAGAGGCAACCAUUGUGUAUCCAAACAGCUUCACUGCUGUCUGCAGCAUCAUUUCGUGUUUUUGCAAGCAGCAGGACAUUGUGUUCUAUCACGAGGAUAGCAACGAGGCCAUUCUCAGGGGGAUCGGCCUUUCAAAGUCAAAGAGCAUCGAGUUUGGAAGUGUCUCUGACCUUGAGAUAAAGCUCGGAUACUUUGCAGGGCCAAAGGUUAGGAACUUUGUGAUUGUUGAAGGGCUGUCGAGAAACACCGGAAACGUUGUGGACAUAAGAACGAUGCUAAGGCUCAGAGAUAAGUAUAAGUUCAGAAUCAUUCUGGAUGAAUCAUACUCCAUUCCCCUUCUGAACAAAAGGGGCGUGUGUGGAAUGAAUGGGAUAAGCCUUAGGGAGAUUGAUAUCGUCAUUGGAUCUUUGUCUGCAGGGUUUUGCAGCACAGGAGCAUUUGCAACGGGAACCUACUACACUGUUGACUAUCAGAAGCUGUCUGGGUCUUCCUAUUGUUUUUCUGCAUCCAUGCCUGGAGGUAUGGCCAAGGCCGGCAUACUGAAUGUCAAGAGGGAUUUCGAUUACGAAGACUUAAGGGAUAAGAUAAGACAGUUCCAUGCAAGCUUUGAGUCCAAGACAUACGAGAUUGUAUCUUCUCUUCUGUCACCUGUAAUAAUUGUGGCAAAGAAGAAAGAAAUAAGGAGGCCGAUAUCCAGAGAAGUAUUACUGAAGGAAGUCCUGGAUAUAAGAAACGAGCUUUUCGAGAACGGAAUCAUCAUCGGAUUCAAUCACAAUCCAUAUCCCUCACUAAGGGUUUGCCUAAAGGCCAGGAUAGCAGAGGAGGAGAUUGCAAGACUUGUUGCUUUGCUGAAUAAAUGGUGA